UAAGGAAGAAAAAGCAGCGGGAGAAAAGAAGCGGCGGUGAAAUUUUGAUACGUCUUCUGUUUGUCUGCUAAGAGCUGCGUUUGUUUAACCUUGCUGUUGUAUUUUUUUAUUUAUUUUUAGUGGCGGAAACGAGCUUCCAUACUGUUGCGUUAAAUGGAGCUGAUUUAAGUGGCACUCAGUCAUGGCCGAGGACUCGGCAACAGAAAUCCAGCUGCUCAGAAGCCAGAAGCCAAAGCUUAUAGAAAUCCUAAGUGCAGAUGCUGACUUUGUACUCCAGCACGCGGACGCUCGCAGUCUGCUGUCUCGACACGCCUACCAGCAGGUGAAAUCUUGCCGCGUUCCUAGUGAAAAAGUGACAGACCUUUUGGAUCACAUCAUGCAGAGAGGUCCCGAAGCAGCGCAAGGAUUAAUGGAACUUUUAAAGGACAAGCACUUGCAAGAAACCUUCCCAAAGCUUGACUUUAUUAAGAAUCUGAAAGUCAACACACAGUCCUCAGGGGGGAAAGAAACCUCAAAAAAAAGAAAACAAGCAGAUGAGAUACCAGAUUCCAUUUCAGCCAAAAAGAAAUGCAACAAUGGCUCCGGCAUCGUGAGUGAGAAACAGCUGAUGUCAGUGGCCCGUACCAUCGGCAAAUCUUGGAGGGAGAUUGGCAGACUGGCCCUGGACAUCAGGUCUGUGAAGCUGGAGCAAAUCGAAGAGGACCAUUCGACCCACGUGGAGCGAGUCUUUGCCAUGCUGCGUCACUGGAGUGCCUUACAGAGGGGAAACGCCACACCAGCUCAGCUGCAUUCCCUUCUCAGUCAGGGAGACUGGAUGCUGCCACCUGAAAGCAUUGACUUCCUGUUGGAGACUGGCUGAUCUUUCACUGUCUGAUAUCUACAGAGACUGAAACCCCUCAGAGGAAAUGUUUUUACUCAGUUAAACAGGAUUAUGAUUUUAUUGUUUACCAAACUGCAUUUAGCACUACUGAGCAAGAGACUUUUUGCUCAACUUAUACUGUACUUUUUAUAUGAUGGUAAACAGUUGUUAUAAAAGACUUUCAUGAAACCUCUUUUAUUUCUUUUAUUUUCUGUUUUGGUGUCUGUAGUAUGAUUUUUAUUCACCCUUCAGUCGAGAAGAUGUUUUAAAAAAACGACUAAGCUGUGCUCACUUAAUUUGAAUAUGAAUACCCUCGGGCAUUUUAUUGUUAUGUUGGGAUGAAUUUUUUUGGGGUGGAGCUGGGCAAUCUACAUGCAGUAGCAGAGAGGAGAACAUGUUCAAAACUCAUCUCUGUCAUGAACAGCAUCACCCCCCCUCCAAUAAGACA